CUCUGCACAUGCUCCGGGACACUCCUCAAGUUUCCCUGUGAGGAAUUAGAGUCAGUGAGAGAGCGGAGAAAUAGAGUCAGAGGACAGAGUCAAUCAGACGGGGCAGGCAUUCUGGUCUUCAUAACAGCGCCAAGGAUCUAGAAGAUACUUUUCUACCCAACCUCAAAAAAACUCCCAUUGAUCAGAUAUUUAUUUUUUUAAAAAGAAGAAAUCACAGACCACAUUAGAGGGAGUUGGCGAAAGAUUGAGCUCCCCCCACCACCCCACAAUGUGCCGAUGAUGAUGUUGUUACACGUUCAGCUGCAGACACUACUUUCUCAAUCAGCGUGUCAAAGUAAGAGACUCUGAAAGAAGAAAGUUGAUGUGAGAAAGAGACCGAGACAGUGCGUGAGAGGAAGAGAAGCCAGAAGACUGUGCUGCUAUGUCUCUGAAAUACAGUGAUGCCCCAGGGUCAGCAGCAACCAGCAACAGUUUCUGGAUGCCAGAUAAAUAUAAAAGCACAACAAAACGCACGGACGAUGGCUACAAAGUCUGCAACGACAUCAUCCUGUGUUUCCAGGAGAGAGCAAAGAUUGAGAAACAGUAUGCCCUGCAGAUAGCAACCUGGUCACGGAAGUGGAAGCCACUGGUAGAAGCAAGUCCUAUGUACGGUACUCUGUUGAAGGCGUGGCAUGCCUUCCUUACCUCUGCAGACCGACUGAGUGAACUCCACCUGCAGAUCCAGAAAUCGCUGGUGACUGAGGACACAGCCAAGAUUCGGAACUGGCAGGGGGAGACGUACCACAAGAAAUUUUUUGGGGGCUUCAAGGAGACCCAUGAGGUGAAGAGUGGAUUCCGAAAAGCACAGAAGCCCUGGACAAAGAAACUGAAAAAAACAGAGAAGCUGAAGAAACUGUACCACACCAAACGCAAAAAGGAGCGGGUGUCCAUCGUCCGCGAAAACAGUGGCAAGGCCAACCAGGCAACAUCUGCAUCAAAGCAGCGCAAACUCCAGCGGGAUAGAGAGAAGUGUAACCAGGAAGUAGAAAAGGUUAAGCAGCGCUACACAAAGACGAUAGAGGACUUAAACAAGUACAAUCCAAAAUACAUGGAAGAGAUGGAGAUGGUCUUUGACCAGAGCCAGCAGCUGGAGCAGAAACGCAUUAUCUUUCUCAAACAGAUCUUCCUGUCCAUACACCGGCACCUCGAUGUCACCAACAAUGAAAGCUUCCGGUCUAUAUUCAAAGAUCUACACCAGACUGUACUCUCAGUAAAUGAGCAGAAUGAUUUGAAGUGGUGGCGCAACACACAUGGUCCAGGGAUGCCAACCAACUGGCCACAUUUUGAGGAAUGGAGUCCAGAGAGAGAGAAAAUUGCAGGCAAGACAGGGAAAGGGAAGAAGGAAGGAGACAAGGUGGUUCUUCAAAGCUUAAGUUUAAGUAAAGGGUACUCCCUGGGUGAGGAUGGCACAAACGUCCCUGGCGUCAGAAUCCGCGCUUUGUACGAUUACACCAGCCAGGAGUCAGAUGAGCUCAGUUUCAAGGCGGGUCAGGAACUGACUAAAGUAGAGGACGAGGAUGAGCAAGGAUGGUGUAAAGGUUAUCUUGAUGGAGGCCGCAUUGGACUAUACCCAGCAAACUAUGUAGAAGUUAUACAGUAGAAGGCAGUGUGAAUGCUGCUUAAAAAAAGUUGAUAUUUAAUAUGAAGGCAUCACCACCAGGACCUAUAUCAAAGACAGUGUUUCUCCACCAACACCGCUUUAAAAAAAAUACUGUUUAAACUUUAUUUUUCAUUACUAUGACUAACUUUUAAAAAAAAAAAUUAGCCUGUGAAUGCUAACAACAUUUUUGGCUGGGAGGACUAACUGUGCCCACAAAAUUCAGGGGAGCUAGAUUAGUGUUCGAGCAUUGGACAGGGAAGUUACUGAGCCAGAGACCCACAGGCAGCAGAGAAGAUUGCUUGAGGAGCAGGAAGAGUUGGAUCUUGUAAAGGAACCACAUUAUCAGUUUAAAAAAAAUACACAGGUCAUUAACAGGAUCUCUGUCAAGUAACUAAUCCAAAUUUGGCAACACAAGGAAUGGGACCUGCAUUCACAAUUGCAAUGGGAACAAAAGACCCUGGGUUAAACAAACAUAACCACUGUGGAGGUCAAUUAAUUUCUAUUCUCAGGAUAUCAACAACCCCUAGCCAGCUUCCCAGCAAAACUGCAUCAUGUCACUUGUACAGGAGACAAAAUGGAUAGGAGGAAACUUAAGAAUUGAAUAAUUUGAGAUAAAAUGGUAGCUCCCUGAUGUUGGAACUCCCUCAUCUCAAUAGACCAGAUACAUUUAAAAGGUGCAUUUUGAGCUAUUUUGAUGACUGAAUGCAAGUUUCAAACAUCAUACACUUUGCGAAUUUCUCAUGCUUUCACUUAUUUACACAAUAGGAUUGGCAGAGGCACAAAUAAAUCACUUGCAAAAUUUGUAAACAUGUAAUGUGAUGAACAUAGCACUAGAACACCUCUGCUUUAAUCCUAUAAAUUUUUUUUACACUCCCAAAACAUGCACACCCCUCACUGCAAAACUCUGAAAUACCUUACGUCAACCAUGAAAAAGCAAUCAAAAACUCUGGCCGAUUUGCCUCUCUUCUACCAGACAGCAAUUAUAGGGUCUUAACUACCACCCCAACCAAAUUAAAACAAACAGUCUGGGUAGCACCCAGAACUUUUCUACUGAGUCACUCAGAUAUCCACCGUCUUAAAUAGAUGAUUUACUUGGAGCGCACACUCUUAUUUAUUAGGUGGUUAAACUAAAGCACACCACCAUCACUGGCCACAACAAAUGGCAGUGCUGUAUGUAGCAUCUACACAACUUAGCAUGGUGCAUUGGAUAGUGUUAUAAAAACAAAGAUGAUUAGGGGGUGACCUUAGAGGUUCAUAAAAUCAUGAGGGACAUGGAUGGCGUGAAUAGCCAAGGUCUUUUCCCCAGGGUAGGGGAGUCCAAAACUAGAAUGGCAUGGG